AUUUUUGACAAACAUGGCAGCAUCUACCAAUGCUGCAGUUGCCGUGGAAGCUGCGGACGCCAUUCGGAAUGUGCUGAGUUUCUGCUGUGGAACAGACAACACCAAAGUGUACAUUCAGGACCUGCUUCGUGUCUUCGACAAACGAACGUUGGCAGACGACUUGAAGGAAAUCGUACAAGUGACGCAUCCCAAGGCGCGGCAUUUGAAUGGAUGGCACUUGGAGCGCCUGGCUCUGGGGGAAUAUGGCGAUCAGACACCGCAGGACAUUAGUCGAGCCGUGAAGGACAUUCAACGGGACAUCCGGUCGUCCAAAGCGCUAGUGACCGCCAUGUUGGAGCGCGAAAAGGUAUGGAACGACCGUCGAGACGCGUUUUCCGCGGCGAAGCGACAGCAACAAGCGGCCAUGGCGGUGGAACUGACCAUUGCCAAGGAAAUCGUGCACAAGAUGCAUGUCGUAGGCGAACUGGAUUCCCCCGAGGAAGCCUUGGCAGCGAUCUUGGCGCAACCGGCGCCGGUGGAAGCGCGAUUGCUCGAGUCUGCCACCAUCGCACACGAUCCAGCUUCUAUCACUGACGACGAGGCCAAUCACGUGAUAGACUUGAGCCACUCGCCGUCCAUUUAAAAUAUCUCAACAAUACUCUUCUCAACAUGUCUUCAUAUGAGGACAUAUCGGCACA